CUUGUUACCGAUGUCGGAGCGAUGUCGAGCGAGCGCGAGUCGAGCCCCAGCCCCAGCCCCAGGGAGGGUGUGAGCGGCCCUCAGCCUCAGCCUCAGCUCCCCGUCCUCUCCCCAAACGACCAGAAGCUGCUCUCCCGCCUGAGGGAGCACAUCCGCAGCGAAAUAGAAAUCCUGGGCUGCCCAGAGCAGGGACCCGACGAACAACGUUACAUCCUCUACAAAAGUGUAUUCGAGAAGGUCAUCGAGAAUACAAAAGAAUACAAAAACAUCCUCACGUCCAUCAAGAAGGAGUAUGACGACUGCAUCCAUGCCAUCCAAAAAGGGAAAAAAGAUGCCCUGUUUCUAAAAAGAAAGCUGAAAUCAAUGGCCUUCGAACCAACGACUCUUAUGUCCUACAAGAAGAGAGCCGAUCUGCUCCGACACAAAAUUGAUCUUAUUGAACGUAACACUGCUGUAAUAGAAGCUCAGUUGGAGAAGAAUAAACAUUCAGAACAAAUUGAAGAAGAAGCUGUAGAAGAGGUAUCGGCACCUGAAGAAGAUAGCAGUCUCACUCAGCAAAUCAAAGGCCUUUCAUUCCACGACUCUUCAAAUAUGACGGCUCUAUGUGCAUACCAACAAAAACUGGAAAAGAUACUCGAAAGUCGAAAAGAUGCAAAAGAAACUAAGUUUGUGUCAGCCAGUGUUCAUGCUAAGAUGGCUCAGGAAAUGACUGAAAAAGUACAAAUAUGGGAAAAGCUGUCUGACGAGAAUGGACAACUACAAAUCAGAUACAAGAAAAUGAAAAUGCUAGCAGAUGCUGUCACUGACUGGGAGAAAUCGGAUCAAAAAGUUACAGUUACCGAGUUCAUUUCACCAUUGUUAAAAACGAUAGACAAGCUAAGAGAGGAUGACCAUCCCUGGCCAAUGGUAUUUGUUGACGACGAUCCUAACAGGUUUAGAGAACUUCAGCUCUUACUGAACUAUAUUGAAAAAUUUGAUGAACUCUUCUUGGCUAAGAAGUAUGAAGAAGCUGCAAUACAUGUUGCAAACAGUCCCAAAAGGAUUCUUCAUAAUAUAAAAACCAUGGAAAGGUUUAAGGCUGUCACUGACUAUGAAGGAAAAGUUCCUCCUCUGCUGCUCUUCUUUGAGGCUGUAAUGAGCUCAGGUCCCAGUGGCAAACGUCCCCCUAAUUCAGUGAUAUCUCUGGAGGGAGUGCAAUGUGCAUUGAAUGAAAAUAAAUUGGAUCUAGUCAUACACUGGGUCACAAGGCACAGAUUAACAUACAGUGAAGCUUUGGGAGAAGAGAUUUGUCAGUAUGGAGAUAUGCAGCCUCAGACUCUAGAUACAUGCCUGGCCCUGGCUCAAACUGUUUUCCUUCACUGUGCUGUACAUAAAAAGGUAGCUCUCACCAUGUGCAAGCGAGGACAGAGUUCUGCGGCACUGAGCUACAUUUCUGACUGUGAUAGCUUCACUUUAAAUGAUUCUUUGUUCUUGUUGAACGAGUUUCCAAAUGUUGAACUGAUUCGCAAUCUGGUCUAUAAUUGGAAGGGAAAGCCAGCAACUCUCUCAAUGGACCUUGUUAUUCUGUCCCUCAUAUCAAACGAAAAUAAGGAAUUUGCAUUCCAAAUUCUGAAAGACCUAGAUGAUCGUGGUCCAAAUGUUUUGGCAGAGACCAUCCUUAGAGAUGUCAACAGUGGCCUGGGUAACUGGAAGGAGAUUGCAGACGAGUGCAUGGCUGAACAUUUCACCAAAAUGGGUCAGAACAUCAUCACUGUGCUGUUGGAGCAAGAUGGAGGAACAGUCGUACAAAUGUCGGAUGACGCGGAUGACUCGACGUUAAUGGAUCAUGUUCUCCUGUAGAUCUUUCAUUGCAAGUUGAAAGAGGUUAUUGUCUUCUAACAUAUAAGGCACUAUAAAAAUGAAAGUUCUUUCUA